AUGAACUUGUUGGACUUAUUCACUAGAUAUCGAAAAACCGAACCGAUAGAAGUCUUAUUUCUAAGAGCUUUCGUAACGAUCACGUUAAUAGCUGCACUAACGGGAUAUAUUACGUCAUUAGUCAUAGAGAUUGCAAACGAUCUUCCAAUAACCAAAAACUCGAUAGAUAACGAAGGCCAAUCAUUAGUUCCAUGCUCUCAAUAUCUUAAUCAGCCAACAUUGUCAAAUGGAACAUAUUAUGGUUCAUUUUCUGCAAAAUCGGAGCUCAGUUUUAUAUUCAAUAGUCAAAACCUCACGUCUGUCGGGUUUAUUGCAUCCACUGUUGAUCCGUUACCUAGUGGCUAUACUAACUUAAUGACAAUAAUUGUCAUUGACUCCGGGAAUACCAAUGAUCAAAGCAUGUUGGUUCAGCAAUUGAGAGACCGUGUUAAUGCAUUAGAAACGUUUUUACAAGAAUAUGUAGUAGAUGCCGAAUAUUUAGAAGGCAUGGCUAGGGAAGAAAAGAAAGGCGCUG